AUGGCUGAUUCUGAAGAAGAAAACGAUAAAGAUAUAAUGUCUGGAAUCAAUAUGACUGGUUUCUUAUUUGGAAACAUUGAUGACAAUGGUCAAUUAGAAGAUGACAUUCUUGAUCCAGAAGCUAAGCAACAUUUAGCUUCACUGAAUCGACUUGGGUUAAGUUCAUUUAUCCGUGAAAUGAUGCCAAAUGAAGAUAUUACUGAAGAAAAUGAUAAUGAAUUUAAUGACAAAUGUAAAGAAGAAAAUGAAACAGUUGAUGAUACAGAUAUCAACUAUGUUGAAAAAUCACCUAGUGCUCUUGAUUUUUCUGAUAUAAAUGAAUUAGCAGAGGAUGAAAAGGAAGAUAGUAAACAAGAUAUGCUUGAAGUAAAAGCUGAAAAAGAAAAUGCAGAUUAUGAUGCAGAUGAUGAAGAGGUUGUUAAUAAAUCUGAUACACAAUUAAUGCCACCUCCUCCAAUACCUGAAGAAAAAGAAGCACUUACUGCAGAAGAAGCAGAAGCUGCACGUCAGCGUAAAUUAGAAACUCCUCUUGCUUCUAUGUUACCAUCAAAAUAUGCCAAUGUUGAUGUUACUGAAUUAUUUCCUGAUUUUCGAGCUAACAAAGUACUAAGGUUUUCAAGAUUGUUUGGUCCAGGGAAGCCUAGUAGUCUUCCACAAAUAUGGAGAGGUGUUAAAAAGAGACGUAAAAAAAAGAGACAUCAUGACAUUAGAGAUUCUGAUUCUGGUUCUGAUCAAGAAGAAAAGAAACCAAAGUUUAAGGGUUGGAUAAUGCAGUAUGGUUCAGACCCAGCUCCAGACAUGUGUUGCUCUGAUGAUGAAAAUAAAUUGUUAAUGCCAGUAGAAGAUAAAGAACAAGUUGGUAAAACUGGUGACACUGGAGAAAAUGGUGAUAUGGGACCAAAGGUAGCAGAUUGGCGUUUUGGACCUGCACAGCUUUGGUAUGAUAUGCUUCAAGUUCCAGAAACAGGGGAUGGGUUUAAUUAUGGAUUUAAACUUGUUGAUAAGGUAUCUAAUUUAUAUUGUAUCAAAGAUAUCAGAGACGCUAGUGAGGAAUUUUCUGAUGAUGCAUUUUUAAUGGUGUCACAAUUACAUUGGGAAGAUGAUGUUAUAUGGAAUGGUGAUGAUAUAAAGCAUAAGGUGUUACAGAAAUUAAAUAGUAAAAAUAAUGCAGCUGGAUGGGUACCAUCAAGUGGAAAUAGAACUGCUCAAGCAUUUAGUCAACCAGGCAAAGGUGCACCUGUACCAGUCGCAUCAAAUGUCCGAUUAGCCACUUCUCAAAUUACGACGCCAUUACACAUGCAGUCUCAAAAAAAUAAAAUGAAGAAAAAUAGUAAUAUGAAUAAAGGAAAUCAACAACAGUCACGGGAAGAAAAUUAUGACGACACUUGGUAUUCGAUUUUUCCCGUCGAAAAUGAAGAAUUAGUAUAUGGACUUUGGGAAGAAGAAGUAAUUUGGGAUCCUGAAAAUAUGAAAAAAAUUCCAAAACCUAAAAUUCUUACUUUAGAUCCAAAUGAUGAAAAUAUUGUUCUUGGUAUUCCUGAUGAUAUAGAUCCAGCUUUGGUUCAUAAGGAUAACGGACCUCAACCAAAAGUGAAAAUACCACAUCCACAUGUUAAAAAAAGUAAGUUAUUGCUAGGAAAAGCUGGCGUAAUUAAUGUAUUGGAAGAAGAUACUCCACCACCACCACCCAAAUCGCCCGAUAGAGAUCCAUUUAAUAUUUCGAAUGACACAUACUACAUGCCGCGAUCAUCAGAAACGACAUUACGAUUAAAAGUUGGAGGUGGAAAUUUGAUACAACAUAGUACACCAGUAGUAGAACUACGUGCUCCGUUUGUUCAAACUCAUAUGGGACCAAUGCGGCUUCGAAAUUUCCAUAGACCUCCUUUAAGGAGAUUUAGUCAUGGACCACUUGCUCUUCCAGGACCUCAUUCUGUCCUGCCAUUACUAAAACACAUCAAAAAGAAAGCUAAGCAAAGAGAACAAGAAAGAAUUGCAUCUGGUGGAGGUGAUGUCUUUUUCAUGAGAACUCCUGAAGACUUAACUGGCAAAGAUGGUGAAUUAGUACUUAUUGAAUUUUCUGAAGAACAUCCUCCUUUAAUGAAUCAAGUAGGAAUGUGCUCUAAGGUAAAAAAUUAUUAUAAAAGAAAAGCAGGUAAAGAUCAAGGACCACAGAAAUACAAAUAUGGUGAAACUGCUUAUGCACACACUAGUCCAUUCCUUGGAAUUCUUACACCUGGACAAAGUAUACAAGCAGUUGAAAAUAAUAUGUACAGAGCACCAAUUUAUGAACAUAAAAUUCCAGAAACAGACUUCUUAGUUAUCAGAACAAGACAGCAAUACUAUAUCAGAGAAAUGGAUGCCUUAUUUGUUGCUGGUCAAGAAUGCCCAUUAUAUGAAGUACCAGGUCCUAAUUCAAAGAGAGCUAAUAAUUUUGUGAGAGACUUUUUACAAGUAUUUAUAUACAGAUUAUUUUGGAAGUCUCGAGAUACACCUCGACGUAUUAAGAUGGAUGACAUUAAGAAAGCAUUCCCUUCGCAUAGUGAAAGUAGCAUUAGGAAACGCUUGAAGUUGUGUGCCGAUUUUAAGAGAACAGGAAUGGAUUCCAAUUGGUGGGUCAUAAAACCUGACUUCAGAUUACCAACGGAAGAAGAAAUUCGAGCUAUGGUAUCUCCAGAACAAUGUUGCGCUUAUUUCAGUAUGAUCGCAGCAGAGCAAAGACUAAAAGAUGCCGGUUAUGGUGAAAAGUUCCUGUUUACUCCUCAAGAUGAUGACGACGAGGAAAUGCAAUUAAAAAUGGAUGAUGAAGUUAAAGUUGCACCUUGGAAUACGACACGAGCCUACAUUCAAGCUAUGAAAGGCAAAUGCUUAUUACAGCUGGCAGGACCAGCAGAUCCAACAGGUUGUGGUGAAGGAUUUUCUUAUGUUCGAGUACCAAAUAAACCUACAAUUAGUAAGGAAGAGCAAGAAGCUCAACCAAAGAGAACCGUAACUGGAACUGAUGCUGAUUUAAGAAGGUUGUCAUUAAAUAAUGCGAAAGCGUUACUUCGAAAAUUUGGUGUGCCUGAAGAAGAAAUUAAAAAAUUAUCACGAUGGGAAGUAAUUGAUGUAGUCAGAACGUUAUCUACAGAAAAAGCUAAAGCUGGGGAGGAGGGUAUGACAAAAUUUUCACGAGGAAACCGAUUUUCUAUUGCCGAGCAUCAAGAGAGAUACAAAGAAGAAUGUCAACGAAUUUUCGAUUUACAAAAUCGUGUUCUGUCCUCUAACGAAGUUUUAAGUACAGACGAGGGCGAAAGUUCUGAAGAAGAUAGUUCAGACAUAGAAGAAAUGGGUAAAAACAUAGAAAACAUGCUCUCCAACAAGAAGACUAGUACUCAAUUGUCGCUUGAACGAGAAGAACAGCAACGUCAUGAAUUACGGAAGAUGUUAAUGGGCGAAGUUCACGAACAGGAUAAGAAAAGCAAGGAAAAAAAGAAAGAAGAAGAAGAAGAUAGUCCUAUAAAUAAUUACAAUUCGCAACAAGGUAGAGUUCUUAAGAUUUAUCGAACGUUUAGAAACCCAGAGGGAAAAGAAUAUACAAGAGUGGAACUAGUAAGAAAGCCGGCGGUGAUAGAUACUUAUAUAAAGAUUAGAAAUUCCAAGGAUGAGACAUUUAUUAAACAAUUCGCCACUUUGGACGAGGCGCAGAAAGAAGAAAUGAAGAGGGAGAAAAGAAGAAUUCAAGAACAAUUACGCAGAAUUAAACGAAAUCAAGAAAGAGAACGUAUGCUUGGUGGUCCGAUGGGAGGAAGUAAUGCGUCAUCGAGUAACAUAUUCGACCGUAGUAGUACCAAUGCCCCAACCACUACAUCCUCCAACAGUAUCCUUCCAUUUUGUAAUUCUUUCCAAUCUACCUCUCCUGCUUCUAAACAUCCUAAACCCGAAAUAUCUCCUUCUAAACGUAAGAAACCUAAACUUAAACCAGAUCUUAAACUUAAAUGUGGUGCUUGCGGUAAUGUAGGUCAUAUGCGUACAAAUAAAGCUUGCCCCUUGUAUCAAAAUAGCAUAACUACAGCACCUGUGAACGUUGCGAUGACAGAAGAACAAGAGGAAGAAAUUGAAAAACAACUUAAUACGGAUGACCAAGACCUCGUUAAUGUAGAUGGAACUAAAGUAAAAUUAUCGUCCAAAUUGAUUAAGCAUGCUGAAGAAAUGAAGAGGCGUACGUUACUCUUGAAAGUACCUAAGGAGGCAGUGAGCUCUAAAAAACGAAGGAGAGCUACUGGAGACGAUCACUGUGAUUAUCUGAAACGACAACAAAGACCUGCUAACAGACGUAGAACAGAUCCUGUUGUUGUCAUGUCUACAAUGUUAGAAAGUAUACUUAAUGAAAUGCGAGACCUGCCUGAUGUUCAGCCUUUCUUAUUUCCUGUUAACGCUAAAGCUGUUCCUGAUUAUCACAAAAUUAUACAAAGACCUAUGGAUUUACAAACUAUACGUGAAAAUUUGAGACUAAAGAAAUAUCAAAGUCGAGAAGAAUUUUUAGCCGACGUCAAUCAAAUUGUAGAAAAUUCAACGUUAUAUAAUGGACCAAAAAGUUCAUUAACCGUAGCAGCGAAGCGUAUGCUGGAGACUUGUGUAGAAAGACUUGGUGAAAAAGAAGAUCGUCUAAUGAGAUUAGAAAAAGCAAUUAAUCCUCUAUUGGAUGAUAAUGAUCAAGUUGCACUUACGUUCAUCUUAGACAAUGUUGUUAAUAAUAAAUUGAAAUCUAUGACAGAAGCGUGGCCGUUCUUAAAACCAGUUAACAAAAAAUUAGUGAAAGAUUAUUAUAAUGUUAUUAAAAGACCUAUGGAUUUAGAAACCAUAUCUAAAAAGGUGUCUGCACAUAAAUAUCAUAAUCGGCAUGAGUUCCUUAGGGAUGUAGAACAAAUAUUGGAAAAUUGUACAGUAUAUAAUGGAAAGGACUCUCCAUUUACACAUAAAGCAGAAUUGCUUGUAAAAAUUUGUAAGGAAACGUUAGAUGAGUAUGAUGAACACUUAACACAAUUAGAAAAUAACAUAUUGUUGGUACAAAAACGUGCAAUGGAACAAGCUGAUAUUGAUCCCUCUUGGCUUGGACCAGAUGAAGAGAAUUAUACUAUUGUAGAACCAGAAUUUAGAGGGUUACAAAUUCCAAAUAUGGAUGACUUUGAUUUUGUCGAUGUAGAAGGAGAUAUGGAAGGUGAUGGCAGCAGAAGUGCAAACUCGAAGAAAAAGGAUGUACUUGAAGAAGAUUUACAAUUCUCUAGUGAGGAUGAAUUCGACGAGGUUCCAUUUGGUACAGAUGAACAAUCCGAGAAUGCUGAGAUGGAAACAAUUGAAUUAAAUGAAGUCAGAGAAGGUACAGAAAGUGGAGUAGUAUUGGCGGAUGAUGAUAGUCAACAGGCGGCAGAAGCAAUGGUUCAAUUGGGUAAUGUCGGUUUUUAUAUGGCGGACCAACAAUUGCUUCAGCAAGAUGAAAGUAUGGAUGUUGAUCCAAAUUAUGAUCCUUCGGACUUCUUAUUAGCUGGUUUACCAGCAAGAGAUGAAAAAAGUGAAAAUAAGAUACAGGAUGAUCUAGCUGUGUCCGAAAGUGAUGAUGAUGCAGAAAAUAAUGCAAAACAAAAACAAAAAACAUCACAACAAUUAUCGCAACCGGAGGAGGACGUUGGUGGUGAUUUGUGGUUUUAA